GCUAGUGGCGUACGUAGAAUUCUCCAAUAUGAUUGAAGGUGGAGGGGUCAUUCGGUGCAUUAUCCGGGAGUUUACCAAGUCAUUCUACUAUAGGGGUUAUGUAGGAAAUAUUCCUAGGAAUAUCAAUUAGAGGAAGCUCGUGUCGUGUGCACCCUAAAGCAGGUGUAAGAGUAAGUAAGGGCUAUAAAACUGAUCUGGUGACGACCGCUGACCAUUGACAGUGACACCUCUCGACGGCAUCCGGACGGACUUAUUCACUCUUCACCUCAAACAACAUUUACAACGUCUUACAGGUAACAACAACCCGCUAACAUGUCAGUGGUCGAGGUAUCUGAUAGAAGUGGUUGCAAGAGCAAGCUUUGGGACUACGACGGAGGUUAUUUACCAUUGGCUGUAAAUGGCAGCCCCUCUGAACACUUGCCAUCUCUAAAGAAGUGGAAGACAAGAAAGGAUGAUGUGUUUGUGUGCUCUUAUCCUAAAUCCGGAACAAAUUGGGUAUGGGAGAUCGUCUCCAUGCUCCGACAAAACAAAAAAGAAAUUACAGAAAUGGUGUUUCCCAACAUUGAGAUUUUCCGGACUCAGGACAUCGAUGCCAUGCCUUCGCCUCGGACAUUACAAUCACAUAUGCGGUUCCGGUGUCUUCCUCAACACUUCCUGGAAAACAAAGGGAAAAUAAUAUACGUGAUGCGCAAUCCCAAAGAUAUUGCUGUGUCCAUGUACAACUUCAUGGUGAAACUGAAGGACGUGUACGGCGGAACGUGGGACGAUUAUCUAGACCUCUUCUACCAAGGAAAAUUGGGGUAUGGUUCUUGGUACGACCACGUGCGUGAUUGGGAAGACUUUCGCAGAGAAAACAGUAAAUACCCCAUACUGUUUGUUAGCUACGAAGAUAUCCACAAGGACUGUAAGAAAGAAAUAACGCGCAUCGCCAAAUUUUUGGAAAUCCCCACCAAUUCAGAAACAGUGUCUGCGAUAGCAUCACAAGUACAGUUUCAGAACUUUAAGACGAAGAAGUUAGAAAAAUGUGGUCACAUCUAUAGAUCUAUCAGCAGGGAUGGUACUGACGUCUUCUUUCGCAAAGGUGUAGUGGGAGACUGGAGGAACCAUUUCACGGUAUCACAGAGCGAUGACUUCGACAAAGUACUCGAAAAGAAAAUGAAAGGAUCCAAAUUAAAAUUCAAAUAUUCAGUCUAGACACGGAAAUGCUGAGCUUUAGUUCCAAAAGAAAUGCAAGCGAACCCUUCUAGUACGGAAUUGUAAAUACUGGUACGUUCUCUGUAUUGUUGGUCCGAAGACCAAACAGACCAUUGUUUACCAAGAAGGUCCCAGAUUAUUUCAGCGGCCUGGAGGGCCAAUAACACAUGUUCAUCGUGUAUUGAUAUUACGCAUAACAUUAUUAUCUUUUUUAGGACGAAUAUUUCAUUUUGUUUCACCACAAUGAUAUUCGUUUUUUAAGGUUGUGUUAUCUAGGACAUUGCCAUACGGAAAUGACGUAUAAGACAAGGGUUACUCAGCACGAGCAAGUCCGCUAUCGCUGACGUCAUAGUAAGAAUCGAAUACAAUCGUGACGUCGCGUCUAGAAUGGGGACCGAACUAAAUCUUCAAAAAUGGCAUACGGGUAUCCGUAUUGAGAAACAAACAAAACGUAAAUAGGCAGACAUACGGGUAUCCGUAUUGGAAUACAAACAAAACGUAAAUAGGCAGACUUACGGGUAUCCGUAUUGGAAUACAAACAAAACGUAAAUAGGCAGACAUACGGGUAUCCGUAUUGAAAAACAAACAAAACGUAAAUAGGCAGACAUACGGGUAUCCGUAUUGGAAUACAAACAAAACGUAAAUAGGCAGACUUACGGGUAUCCGUAUUGGAAUACAAACAAAACGUAAAUAGGCAGACAUACGGGUAUCCGCGAUGCUUAUUAACAAGGGACAUAAUCCAUAUGACAUACGGGUAGCCGCUACGUCAUUGUCGCGCAUGCGUCAACUAUGACUUUUAAGUGCCCGCUAAAUAUGUAACCGCUCAAAAUAAUGUGUUCUGUCCUUUUGUAGACAAUGUUACUUAACAAUAGGCGCUAGAUAAUCCGCGUAAUAAUGUUUACACUGGGGCUUGUCAUUAUUUUAAGGUGCAUCGUGAAAAAUAUUGGAAAAGAGACGAAUGAAAAAGGAGAAUGAAUGAGUGAGCGAUAUUUCUUCAAUGAAGAGAGAUUAACAUUAUAUGCUUAUUUCUUUUCCCUUCCACGAUUGUUUGGGACUCAUAUAUUUUAUUUAUGCUAAAUCUUGGAUUGGCGACGACGGCGAGAAGAACCACGAUGGCAAUUUAAACGAUUCGGCUCAUCUCAAAUGUCAAGUGCGACUACUGCAAUGCAGCACGAUUUUCGUGCUUUCUCUUGUAUUUUCAUGUUAAUUGACACAAUAUCGCCGAGUUCAUUAAUUAGUGGUGUGAUGAAUUCAAUGCGCAGGGACGUUUUCAUAAAUGGCAGGGGAGAUAACUCCUGCACAAACUGGCGAUAUAUCUCUGUACAUACGUAUUAUUGGUCAUAUUACUCUGUUUGUACUAUAAGUUUGUAGUAUGUUAUUGUUAUAACUCGUUGUAUGUAUAUUAAAGAUGGAAUAUUAAAACAGAACUACACA